AUGGCGGAAGAGGCUCAGUCGACGAACGGCCUUCGACAGUCUGACUUGGGCGAAACGGCGGACAUCGCAUCUGGCGCAAGCGACAAGCGUCCCCAAUCCACCCAAAAUAAGCAUCUACCAACAGACUCUAUGGUUACGGUGAGAUUAUCUACAGACACCACAAGUUCAAAAGAACCAGUUACCUCGCCACCUGUCCGAAACUCGCCAGGCGGAUCCGUUAGAAAGUCCAUACGCUUUUCUUUCCUCGGUAGUCUUGAGAAGAGCGACACCUUGGCGCAACAGGAUGAAGUCGCAGUCGAUGACGUCCCAGAAGCAUCUGAUCCUGCAGACAGACCCGAAUCGCUCUCGAUGUCGACUGGCAGCGUCCAUGACGAUGACUCUAUCAUGUCUCCACAAUCGACCAUACGGUCCCGUAGCGAUAGCUCUGGUACCCUAUCUUCCAAUGGUAGUGCACAAGUCGACUGGGACGAGCUUGAAAAGAGCGAGGAACAGGCCCCGCGCCACGAAGGGUCCGAUGAGGCCACGGCUUUCUUGCUAGCAAGAUUGGAGCAGGAGAAUGACGCACUUGCUACAGAUCCAAAGGCAAAGCUCACAAGAGCAAGAUCCACCCGCAAAGGCACCAAAGCGCGACCGCCUUCAAUGCAGCAAUUAAAGAAACUAGUCAAUGAGCCAACCAGACCAUCUCUUCGCUACUCGAUGCUUCCCGAGCCACCACCGAUGACUGAGCUCGAGUUUUGGGCUGCUCUUGUGAAUGAUUAUCCACAAACCGCCCAGAGACUACCUACCCUCACAGCCCAUAAGAUACGGGGUGGUAUUCCUCCCCCUUUGCGCGGUGUCGUGUGGGUAAGUAUCGCUGGGGCGCGUGACAAGCUAUUGGAAGAGGAGUAUGAUCGGCUUUCCGGCGAAACAAGCCCCUACGAGAAUCUCAUUGGAAAAGACAUUGGCCGAAGUUUUCCAGGGGUUGAAAUGUUUAGAGACCCAUCUGGGGAGGGCCAACAAAUGUUGGCUCAAGUCUUGAAGUGCUUUAGUCUCUAUGACGACAGAAUUGGAUACUGUCAAGGUCUAGGCUUUGUAGUCGGCCCAAUGCUUAUGCACAUGGCCGAUCGAGAAGCCUUCUGCGUACUUGUUCGCUUGAUGGAACACUACGAUCUACGAUCUUGCUUCUUGCCAGACCUGUCGGGCCUUCACCUUCGCAUCUAUCAGUUCCAAAACUUGUUGUCGAAACACCAUCCCGAUCUUAGCCAGCACCUGGAGAGUAUAGGAGUUGAGCCGCUCUACGUGUCACAAUGGUUUCUUUCCUUUUUCGCCAUAACUUGUCCUCUUCCGAUGCUGCUCAGGAUAUACGACGUGCUUCUGACCGAGGGUGCCUCCGAAACACUGAUGAGAGUUGCGCUUUCGCUAAUGCGGCGUAAUGAACCAAAAUUGCUCGCUUGCACGGAACUAGAGGAUGCCAUGUCAUUGCUUUUAGGAAGACCAUUGUGGGAUACCUAUGGCUGCGAUGCUGAUGAUUUGGUCAACGAUUUCGUUGGCUUGACAGGCUUGGUCACAAGAGAGAUUCUAGAGUCACUCGAAAAAGCUUUCAAGUGUCGAAGUGAUGGCGAUACAAUGACGAAGGAGGGCUCUCUACCCAACAUACAGGCCGCGGCCUCACGAUUUCUUGGUCGUUUUUGGACUGGUGCGAUAGCAAGCACCACAGGGAAGAUCACCUCACCAACCUCGAGCCUCGGAGUGGCGCCACCAGCUCGCCCAUCCAGUUUCUUGCAGCGGACGCCUUCAAAGCAAAGCAUGGCUUCUACGCUGAAUUCUAUUGAAACUGUGGAUAGCCAGUUGACCACCUCUACCGAAGCCACUGCAAUGUCUAGGAACCCUUCGGCAGACUGUUCAUUGGGAAGAACAGCCACCGCUUCAAUUGGUACCAGGAGUCAGGAUCGCGAUCUUCACGGGCAAAUCGAAGACUUGCUUACUGCCUUGAGCGACAUGCAACGAGAACAGACCUUGAUGGUGACUGAGUUGCAGAAAGAGCAAGAGGAUCGGGAAGAAGAUCGAAAAGCUGUUCAAGCGUAUCUAGGGCAGAUGAAGCCUCAAACGUUGGACGCAAUAUCUGAGAUCGAAGGUGCAGACUCUGAUGUUUCAAAUCAGGAAGCGAUCGCGUCAGAUAGCCAGGACCCCUUGGAUGGUUUAAGAGCACGCUUUAGUGGGCCUUCGACGAACAAACGCUCCUCAUUACUUCAGCAGACCAAGCAAGAAAUGCGAGAGCAAUUGAAGCUAUGGAAAGAUCAGUACGAGAUUGAAGCUGCGAGGUCGGCCGAUUUGACGCGUCAGAUAUCAGAUGAGCAGAAGGAAAAUAAUCGCAUAACAGAGCAAUUUCGCGAAGCACGGGACAAAAUGCAGGAAAUAUUUCAAGAGAAACAGCAACUCGAAAAGACGGUUGCUGAGCUCAAGAUCCGGAGGUAUUCCACUGAAAGCGAUUUUGAGUCUGUGCCUCAGACACCAGUGGACACCCCUCCACCUUCAGCUGGCCUUCGGGAGCUGAAGCUGGUACGCACAGGUUCUUUGAAGUCAAACAAUCAAUCGUCCGCCGGAUAUGCGAAGCGUUCUAGCAGCUUAGGGAUGACCAAAGUACUGGCAACUGAAGGACACAAGCCUCCAUCAGAGGAGAGUAUGCUCGUGGAACUUGUCAAUGCAAAGACCGCUGAGGCAGUGGCUCGACAAGAGCUUGAAGAAGUCAAGAAUAAGCUAGACUCAUUGCGAAGGAUAAUGGGAAGCGGCUCGUCUGGCAAUGGAAGCAAUCAUCGCCCUACUCCUAGCGAGUCGACAAUCAUAGCAAAACCGGCACCAGAGCCCCCAAAGCUGACUCCACCCAGUACCUCCAGCGGAGGAUUCUUUAGCGGGUGGGGCAAACGCACAGCUAGUAAUCCCGCCGUCACGGUGACUGUGGCAGCGGAGACCUGA